UGGAAAAGAGGAAUCACCUAUCCCUCCCUCCGCCUUUCAGCAGCUGGCUCCUACCCCCCACCCUCGCUUCCCCCCUUUUUCUCCACCUCCUUCUCCUUCUCCCCGUCCGCUUCUGGGGCUGCGGCCAGAGCCUCGCUAGGAGGAGAGAGGGCGAGAACUCACUGAAGUUGGCCCCAGUUGGCAGCACUUUGAGUAGCGCGGGACUUCGGGCAGAGCUCGGCAGCUCCUGCUGAACAAAGGAGCCCCCUUUCCCGCGGGGGCUGGGGGAUAGCGCUGGGCUGGCCCGAGCCCUUCUCCUGCCCUAUCCCGGCGCCAGCCCAGUGCCCCCGGGCUGGCCUUUCCCUGUACCCCGAGUACGGGCGGGGCUGCCUGUUCGCCUGGAGAUCCUCGAGCAACCUGGCGAGGGGAAGCGGGAAGCGGCGCUCCGCGUUCCUGCCCUCCCUGCCUCCUUCCCUCACUCUCUCUCUCCUUUUUUAAUUCCUUUCUUUCUUUCUUUCUUUUUUUUUUUUUUUUUUUUAAAUUUUACCCCUAGGCGGCCCCGAUUGGGGGGGGGGGGAGUCCCUUCCUCCGCCCGAGGGACGCCGGUGCCCGGCGCGGAGCGGGGCGCAUGGGGCGGUGUUUCGGGAGGCUUUCGGCUGCUCCUUGCUCCCCCGCCGGAUGCUGCCUGAGCUGUUUUGGCUGUUUUUCUUCGCCGGCGAUGAAGCCUCUGCCUUGAAGAUGGACAUGAUCUGUUUUUUAUUCCUGUCUCUGGUGCCGGUGUACAGCAGGGGACAAGGGGUGUACGCUCCUGCUCAGGCCCAGAUCAUCCAUGCUGGGCAAGCAUGUGUGGUGAAGGAAGACAACAUCAGUGAACGCGUUUACACAAUUCGGGAGGGGGACACGCUGGUUCUGCAGUGUCUGGUCACAGGACACCCCCGGCCACAGGUGAGAUGGACCAAAACAGCUGGCAGCGCGUCGGACAAAUUCCAAGAGACGUCAGUGCUUAACGAGACCCUUCGGAUUGAGAAGAUCCAAAGGCUGCAGGGGGGCCGCUAUUACUGUAAAGCAGAAAAUGGGGUUGGGGUCCCUGCCAUCAAGUCCAUUCGAGUAGAUGUGCAGUAUCUAGAUGAACCUGUUCUCACCGUUCACCAGACCAUCAGCGACGUACGUGGCAGCUUCUACCAAGAGAAGACUGUCUUCCUCCGCUGCACUGUCAACUCCAACCCACCAGCUCGCUUCAUCUGGAAACGGGGAGCUGAGACACUUUCUCACAGUCAGGACAAUGGCGUGGACAUCUAUGAACCCCUCUACACACAGGGUGAAACCAAAGUCCUGAAGCUGAAAAACCUACGACCUCAGGAUUAUGCCAGCUACACAUGCCAGGUGUCUGUCCGCAAUGUCUGCAGCAUCCCUGACAAAUCCAUCACCUUCCAGCUCACAAACACCACAGCCCCACCUGCUCUGAAGCUGUCUGUCAAUGAGACGCUGGUGGUCAACCCUGGUGACAACAUCACUAUGCAGUGCUCUCUGAUGGGCGGUGACCCACAGCCAGAAGUUGUUUGGUCUCACUCUCCCGGCCCAAUGCCUCCCAGUAGCCUUGUGCAAGGAGGCAUCCUCACGAUCUGGAGGAUCCGCGUGGAGGACUCGGGCUAUUAUAAUUGCACGGCCAUCAACAACGUGGGGAACCCAGCAAAGAAGAUAGUGAACCUGCUGGUGCGGUCCAUGAAGAAUGCCACAUUCCAAAUCACUCCUGAUGUGAUCAAAGAGAGCGAGACUAUCCAGUUAGGGCAGGACUUGAAGCUCUCAUGCCAUGUAGAUGCUGUUCCCCAGGAGAAGGUUGUCUAUUCCUGGUACAAGAAUGGGAAACCAGCCAGGUUCUCAGACCGGUUGCUCAUCACCCGGAAUGACCCCGAGCUCCCACCUGUGACCUGCAGCUUGGAGAUUAUUGACCUGCGAUUCAGUGACUAUGGUACCUACCUGUGCGUGGCUACCUUCCAGGGAGCACCCAUUCCUGACCUCAGUGUGGAGGUGAACAUCUCCUCAGAGACAGUGCCACCAACGAUCAGUGUCCCUAAGGGUCAGUCUACCAUCACUGUCCGGGAAGGCUCCAGGGCAGAGCUGCAGUGCGAGGUUCGUGGGAAGCCCAAGCCACCCAUCAUCUGGUCCCGUGUAGAUAAGGAAACCCCCAUGCCUUCAGGGACAAUGACAAUGGAGACAUAUGAUGGGAAGCUGCAUCUGGAGAGUGUGAGCCGAGAAAUGAGUGGGACCUAUAAGUGUCAGACAGCCAGGUACAAUGGCUUUAACAUCAGACCACGGGAAGCCCUGGUGCAGCUCAACGUGCAGUUCCCCCCCGUGGUGGAGCCAGCCUUCCAGGAUGUACGCCAGGGCAUGGGGCACAGUGUCACCUUGCGCUGCACUAUGCUGAAGGGCAGCCCCAUGAAGGUGGCCACCUCUGUCUGGCGUUUCAAUGGGACCCUCCUGGCGCAGCCCCUGGCAGAGCAGCAGGACUACUCGGAGCUGAAGGUGGACAGUGUCAGCCGGGAGACCAGUGGGACCUACGAGUGCAGCAUUUCCAAUGACGUGGGAGUCUCCACCUGCCUCUUCCAGGUGUCUGCAAAAGCUUAUAGCCCAGAGUUUUACUAUGACACUCCCAAUCCCACCUUGAGCCAGAAGCAGUCCAAGAAUUACUCUUACAUCUUACAGUGGACACAGAAGGAGCCAGAUGCUGUGGAUCCCAUCCUCAAGUACCGUCUGGAACUCCGGCAGCUGUCUCAGAGAAGCACCAUCCAAACCUUCAUUCCUGUGAAGAAAAUGGAGAAAGGCCUGUUGCUGGAACACAUCUUGCCCAACCUGAAAGUGCCUCAGAGCUAUGAAGUUCGCCUGACACCCAUCACCAGUUUUGGGGCUGGAGAUAUGGCUGCCCGCAUCAUCCGGUACAUGGAACCAAUCAACUAUCCCAACCCAACAGAUAACACCUGCCGCUUUGAGGACGAGAAGAUCUGCGGCUUCAUGCAGGACAAGAUGGACAACUUUGACUGGACCCGGCAGAAUGCCCUCACCCAGAACCCCAAGCGCACCGUCAACACCGGGCCUCCCACAGACAUCAGCGGUACGCCAGAGGGUUACUACAUGUUCAUCGAGGCGUCCCGGCCCCGGGUGACAGGAGACAAAGCCCGGCUCAUCAGCCCCCUCUACAACAUUACUGCCAAGUACUACUGUGUCUCCUUCUACUACCACAUGUAUGGGAAGCACAUCGGUUCCUUGAACCUGCUAGUCCGCGUGCGGAACAAGCGAGCCAUCGACACCCAGGUCUGGUCACUCAGUGGGAACCGAGGGAACAUGUGGCAGCAAGCACAUGUGCCCAUCAACCCGCCUGGGCCCUUCCAGUUAAUUUUCGAAGGUGUCCGGGGCACGAGCUACGAGGGGGACAUUGCCAUUGAUGACGUCACUCUGAAAAAGGGAGACUGUCCAAGGAAGCCAAUUGGACCAAAUAAGGCGGUUGCUCUUCCAGGAAGUGGUGUCCCAGCCCUGCACAGCCCUUGUCUUUGUGGCCCAUUGACUUUCUUCCUUUACGUGCUGCUCAGAUGAUGGCAAGCGAGCGCUCCUGUCUUCGGACCAAGACAUUCCUGCUCCUUUCCUGAUCAGCCACCUCUGCUCCUUUUCCUACCCUCCUCACUGGCACACCAAAGUGUCCAUAUGUUACCAAAGACUGACAGGCAUGACCACGCAAAGGGAUCUGGUUCAGAACUGGAGCACUCCUUGAGAAAGUCAUAAUGUCUAGAACAAAGUUUAAAAAUAAAGACAAAACUUUUUUUAAAAGCACGUGCACGAGAGAGUGAGAGAGAGAGAGGAAGGAAGGAAGAAAAGAAACAGAAACAGACAGAAAAGAAGGAAUGAAAGACAAAAAAA